CAUUUGAAGUGUCGCGCGGGAAAGUGCGGCUGACAGAAGAUUCGGCGGAGACUCAGCGCGCGUUCCGUACAGCCGGUAAAAAGCCCGAGGAGUCCUCUCAUAUCCCCCUUAAGGGUUGCCAGCUGCCCCCUUUAUGGACACUCAGGCCUCCAACAUGGAAGAAACCGGUAGCGGCUUUAAGACCCCACUCAAGGUGGACAGGAAGAAGUCACCAGGUGUAAGCGCUCGUUCGCCGUCGUUUACCAUUCCCGCGUCGCCUUUUAUGCAGAAGUUUGGGUACGGCACCGGUGUCAGCGUGUACCUGAUGAAAAGGUCUCCUAAGGGUCUGUGUCAUUCCCCUUGGGCCAUAAAGAAGAUUAGCAAACAGUGUGACAAAUCAAACAGAAAUCUCUAUGAACAGAGGCUGAGCGACGAAGCCAAAGUUCUAAAGAAUAUACAACACCCCAACAUUGUGGGUUAUCGUGGAUUUACUAAAUCAAAGGAUGGCAGCCUUUGCUUAGCGAUGGAGUAUGGGGGCAACAAGUCGCUGAACGACCUCAUCGAAGAAAGGAAUGAGAAAGGAGAGGGCCCGUUCCCCGCCGAGACCAUUCUCAAAGUCGCCAUUAAUAUGGCGAGGGGAUUGAAGUAUCUACACAACGAGAAAAAGAUCCUUCACGGUGACAUCAAAUCCUCCAACGUUGUUAUAAAAGGGGACUUUGAAUCCGUCAAGAUCUGCGAUGUCGGCGUUUCUCUGCACCUCGAUGAGAACAUGACGGUGAGUGACCCAAAGGCCUAUUACAUCGGCACCGAGUCGUGGAAACCGAAGGAGGCUUUGGAUGAAAGCGGGAUCAUAACAGACAAGUCUGAUGUCUACGCGUUUGGUCUGACUCUGUGGGAAAUGAUGACCCUGUCGAUCCCCCAUCUGAACCUGCCGCCGGAGGACGAAGACGAAGACUCGUUUGAUGAAGAUGAUUUUGACGAGGAUGCGUAUUAUGAGGCUUUGGGGACCAGACCUCCGCUCAACAUGGAUGAACUCGACGAAUCUUACCAAAAGGUCAUCGAGUUGUUCUCGGUCUGCACCAGCGAAAAUCCCAAGGAGCGGCCGUCGGCGGCACAAAUUCUCGAGGUUUUAGAAGCAGAAGGAAGCAUCUAAAAGUGUUUUCUUUUAAGAUGCUGCUUUGAAUAUUGGGUUUGAAGUUGUUUUAGAAGAAUAGCCCUUGGGUGUUAAAGACCUAAUCCUGAAAUGUUCGUAUACAUACAUCCGCCCCGCCCUCCGGGGUAAUAUGUCCGCAGCUUCUUAUAGCGGAACGUUAAGGCCAAAUCAUAAACACUGCUGCUACGGGACUCGCUUCUGUCCUGUGAGAUGACGGAGAUGGGCUUUACCC